AUGGCACGCAAGAAGCCCGGUGUCAGCUCGAAUGCCAAUUCAUCAAGAGGGAAAGCGCCAAUCAAUGACCUCGCAGAGCUGUCUCGAGGACGAGUGAAGCCUAUUCAGUCGAUGAAUGACGUGCCCCAAGACGACGAAGAUGCUUUCUUCGCUCAGCAGGAUCGGAUCCUCCUCGACGAACCACGCUUCUCGGUAUCAAACGGUAGAGGCACUCGGGCUGCAGAUACGCUCGAUCAGGACGAAGAAGUCUAUGGACUCGAUCUUUCCGAAGAGGGCGACGAGGAUGACGACGACGUCGAUGACGAGGACGACGAGCAGGUUGAGGAGCUGCCUUCACGACCGCGUCUGGGUAAGCCAGGCGCAAAAGAUCAUCAGCCGCUGCCAGGCGCAAAGACAUCUCGUUACGACAGGCCUGAUCAAGUAGGGCGUGAUGAUAUCAUGUACGACGCUGCAGCAAACGCGUCCGAGUCGUCCUCAAGCCAGUCAGAGGAGGAUGACGACGACGAACGAUGGAAGAGCUAUCACGUCGGGCGCAAGGAGGCAGAAGAGGCAGACUCAGAGGACGAAGAGACGGCAGAGCUCGAGCUUGCUGAAUCAAUCAGACUCCAGCGUCUCAAGAGACAGUCGCUCUCGCUUGCAGACUACGGCCUCAACGACUCGACGCAAGCCGAAUGGGCCAAAGAGCUCACAGUCGCCCCUCUACCCUUGACCGAGGUCAGUCUUGCCAAGUCGAGCAUGAGCUUCACGAAUCGCGACGAAGCGAUCGCUCACCUGCAAAAGACAUCACCCGAGCUGCUUGCACUCGUCGAUGACUACGCCGAGCAACUCUCCAGGCUUGAAAAGACUCAACAAGCAGUUUCUGCAAAUUCAGCUAAACACACAAGCGAACCGACUCACGAAGGUACUCGUCAGGAACUACAGGCCAAUCGACAGACGCAAAUCUUGCAUCUUUAUCAUCAAAUUCUGUUGACCUAUCUCAGCGUGGCAACAUUCUACCUGCACCUACGCGCAACGCACUCACCAGACCAGCAGCGUGAUUUACAGGAAGCAGUCUUCAUCAGGCUUGCCGAAUUACGCCAGGUCUUAGCGGACAUGACCGAUCUCGAUCUCGGAAUAGACGAUUCGGACGAUGAGAAAGGCCACACGUCAGCGUCAGAUGAAUCUGAUCCCCUCACGGAUGAGGAUAUGAUGCUUCUUCGCAAUGGGUCAGAUGGACCAGACGAGCCUGUCACAUUGAAUGACCUCGCAAAUCUCAAUCAAGGCGAUCUGCGUACUCUCAUCGGCGACUUGGACGACGCAGAAAUAGAGGCACUGAUAGCAGAGCAAAAGGCUCAGCUCGCCACCUCACCCGCCGUCGCAUCCCCUCAGAAGAAGAAACGCAAAUCCGAUGGGGCUGCUGGAGUCCCAAACCCCGAAAAGGCUAAGAAGGCGAAGAUGGUGCCAGAGGAGUCUUACUUUUCAGCGCCUUUGUUGCAACUGGAGCCUCUGCCUCUACAUGCGCGCGACAUUCCAUCAGCAGAUCGAACAGACGACUUUGUUGAUCCGUUGUCCAUGUCUGCUACCGAUUCUGCAGAUAAAGAAUCGAAGAAGCGCUCGCUCAAGUUCUACACUGCCAAGAUCGAUGCAAAGAGCAAGCGUGCAGAGGCAGGUCAGACGAGCAGGCCAGGCGGCGACGAGGACGUGCCUUAUCGAAGCAAGGAGCGCGCACGGCAAGCCGUCCUUCAACGGCAGCAACAUCUUCGAGACAGUCGAGCUCAACGCGCGGAUCUAGAUGGAGCAGAUUUUGACGCCAACGAUCUCGAGGCUGCGGGCGCGAUCAAUGCAGUCGAUGCUGACGCCGAAGGCUACUACGACCUUGUCACGAGCAAAAAGGCCAAAGCGAAGCAAGAUAAACAAGAGGCUCACGAUCUGACGCGACUAGUAGAGAGGGAUGCAUUGACCAAUCCGGAAUCGAUCGAUCCCAAUAACCCGCGUUCGGUGUCGAGAGCGAUCAUGGCCAACAAAGGCUUGACGCCGAAGCGACCCAAAGAAGCUCGCAACCCCAGAGUCAAGAAGCGUUUGCGUUAUGAAAAGGCGCAGAAGAAGCUCGCCAGCAUGAAGCCGACAUACAAAGGCGGUCUAAGCUCGCUGAGCGGCGACUACAGCGGCGAAAAGUCGGGCAUCUCAGCCAACGUGACCAAGAGCGUCAGACUCAGCAAGUAG